AUGGCUUCCAGCAAGGAGAGGGGGGGCGGGGCCAGCGACGACCACAGCGAUGAGGAGAACGUGGUGUCGCUGUCUUCAGAGUGGUGGGGAAAUAUGAUGGUGAACGGCUUCCAGCAAGACCAUCCGCAUCUUCAACACCACAGCGACGAGGAGUACGUGGUGUCGCUCUCGUCGGAGUGGUACGCCGGCGGGGCCCGGUGCGGCAAGACCAUCCGCAUCGCCAACUCUGGCCAUCUUUACAUAAACGCCAUGGUCGUCGACGAGUGCGCCGGCUGUGACAACGAGGUGGGCGCGUCCAUCCAUAUCUGGCGUAACUUCCGUCUUGACCCCAGCCUCGGCCAGGCCGACAUCAAGUGGUCCGACCUUGACACGUCUACCUGA